AUGCCGACGCCAAUACGACUUCGUGAUCUUAUUCGAAACAUUCGGGCGGCGAAAACCGCGGCCGAAGAGCGUGAGGUAAUCCAGAAAGAGUGUGCCGAGAUUCGAAAUGGAUUCCGAGAGGAGGACAAUAUCUUCAGAUGCCGAAAUGUGGCCAAGCUUCUGUAUGUGCAUAUGCUGGGGUUUCCUGCUCAUUUUGGCCAGAUGGAAGUCAUGAAGCUAGUAGUCUCGCCUCGAUUUACUGACAAACGGAUCGGUUACCUUGGAUCGAUGCUUCUGCUCGACGAAAAUCGCGAAGUUACGAUGCUGAUCACUAACUCGCUUAAAAAUGAUCUCGAACAUUCAUCCCAAUACGUCGUCUCUCUCGCCCUCUGCACUCUCGGAAACAUCUGUUCCUCCGAAAUGGCACGCGAUCUCGCUCAAGAUGUCGAGCGAAUCAUGAGAAAUGGGCCCGCCUAUCUGAAGAAAAAAGCUACACUCUGCGCUUGCCGAAUCAUUCGAAAAGAACCCGAACUCAUCGACAACUUCAUUCAACUUGUUCCUUCCCUCCUCAAUGACAAACAUCAUGGAGUGAUGCUUGCUGGAGUCGCUUUUGUGACAGAAAUGUGUAAUAUUUCAGAUGAAUACACGGACAAGUUCCGACGAUCUGUGCCUGCUCUCGUUCGAAUGCUCAAAAACUUGAUCAUGUCUGGCUUUUCUCCUGAACACGAUGUUUCUGGUGUGGUUGAUCCUUUUCUUCAAGUGCGAAUUAUCCGCCUCCUCCGCAUUCUCGGCAAAAACGACGGUUCUUCUAGUGAGCUGAUGAAUGACAUCCUUGCUCAAGUCGCUACUAAUACUGAAACAUCGAAAAAUGUUGGCAAUGCGAUCCUCUAUGAAACUGUGCUUACGAUUAUGGGCAUCAAGUCUGAAUCUGGUCUUCGAGUCUUGGCCAUCAAUAUUCUUGGUCGAUUCUUAUUGUCGAGCGAUAAGAAUAUCCGCUAUGUGGCGCUCAACUCGCUCUUGAAGACGGUGCAUACUGAUAUGAACGCCGUUCAACGUCAUCGAUCUACAAUUUUGGACUGCUUGAAGGACCCAGAUCCAUCUGUUCUUCGCCGUGCCGUAGACCUUUGUUUCGCCCUGAUUAACGACCAAAACGUUCGUGGAACGAUGAGAGAGCUUCUCAUCUUCCUCGAGAACUGCCCAAGCGAGUUCAAGGGCGAUGUAUCCAGCAACAUCGUCAUUUCUGCGGGAAGAUAUGCGCCAAAUGCUCAGUGGCAUAUUGACACUAUUUUGAAGGUCCUGACAACAGGCGGAAACCACGUGCCUGAUCAAACAAUUCCAAUCCUCAUUCAUCUUAUUUCGUCGACAGCAAGUCUCCAUUCUUACACAGUCAGCCAGCUUUUUACAGCGAUCAAAACGAACAAUCUUCACCAACCGCUAAAUCAAGUUGCCUGCUGGUGUCUUGGGGAGUACGGAGAGGUCCUUCUUUCCGGAUCAGAGUAUGCUGAUCCUGUUCAGCCAGAAGAAAUCUUGAAGAGCCUGAACUCUCUGUGCGAGAGUCACUUGUCAAGUGCCAUUACAAAAUCAUAUGCGGUCAAUGCCAUCGCCAAGCUUGCCAAUCGUCUACCAUCUCAUUUGAUGCCAUCCAUCAAGCAGAUCCUCGCGCGAUAUGGAACUUCAAUGAAUCUUGAGCUACAACAACGAUCAGUAGAAUUUUCCUCGCUAUUCAACAAUCACGAUGAUAAGCGACCUGGAAUUCUUGAGCGAAUGCCACUCUUCGAGAAAUCAGAGGAAGAGAGAAUCUACUCAGAAGCAAAUGACCCCGCUCAGGGAGAGAAAGUAGUGCCAGCGGUAAAUACGGCUCAGCAAAGCGCUCUUGAUGAUCUUCUCGGCCUUGGCGAUAUAGGCCAGUCGACACCUGCCGCUCAACCCGCGCCUGUGAUGAACUCGAGUAACCUUGUGGACUUGUUGGGCGAUCUGGGUAUGAAUACUGCGCCUCCUGCUCCUCAGCCGGCCCCAGUCGCCGCUAGUUCGAUUCCGUCGAUAGAGCCUUGGUGCGAUGAUACUUUAGGAAUGAAAAUGGACUUCCAAAAAGUCGAUAACAAUAUCCUUGCAAUAAACAUGACGAUCACCAACAGCUCCCUGGCAUACGAAGUCUCCGACUUCUCCUUCCUCGCUGCUGUGCCCAAGCAGUUGCAAAUCAACCUCGCCCAACCGUCCAGCACAUCGGUUUCUCCAGGAGCAUCGCUUACCCAACAGAUGCGAAUCAACAACCCGAACAAAGUCGCCUUGAAAAUGAAGUGUAAGAUGAGCUACAAGCUCAACGGCAGCCCCGUCGGUCCUAUUGACCAAGUCAUUGGGAACUUUCCUCCCAGCGCGUGGGAGUAA